GUGGUAAUUUACAAAAUUUCCUUAUUUAAUUAACGCAAGUACUAAAUACAGUACAAAAUAACUUAAAUGCAGAAAUAAUUUAAUGAUAUCAAAUCAUAAAAAGACAAAAAUACCCUUUUUCCAAAAAUAAAAAACUGACUUUCAUUUUGACGUUAGUUUUUCCAAUUCAUUUUCAUUCACCAUUUCUACCUCUUUAAUCCCUAAUCCCUCAACAAAUUAAUCAAUUUUAGCCAUAGAGACAAAGAAUUCAUUCGCUAUUCAACAACCAUCUGGUCUAAGAUGUCGCAGGGUUGUAAAGGUGGAGGUUCAAAAAGUAAGAGAUUAAAAGAGAGUUCUAAUAUCAAUGAGGAUAUUCUUAUUCCACGAUUACGUCCUACAGUAUCCAAUAGGGCUAAGCGUGUUAAGACCAACAAACUCUCAAUCGGUACACAAAGUCCUAAAGUUAGACCUGAAUACAUUGCACAAGAUAAAGGGGAGCAAGAAUAUUUGGAUUCCUUUGAAAUAGCUAUUCAACAAUCCGCUUAUGCUAGUCAAACCAAUGAUGAUGAUGACAAUGACGAUGACGAUGAUGAUGAUGAGGAGGAUGAGGAGGAGGAGGAGCAUGAGGAUGUGGAGGAGGAGGAGGAGGAUGGGGAGGAGGAGGAGGAGGAGCCAUUGUCAAAACAACAAUUUGGCUCAAGAAUGAAUAGUUAUCGAGGUAACUUUGAGGUGCAUGGGCGAUUUGGAGGAGAUAAACAGGUUUGUCUUGAAGACUAUAGUGAGUUGCAAGAUUCAGUUGAUGGUGGCCCAACAAAUCCCGAAUUGCUAAAGAGCUUUCGUGGUCACGUUGCAUAUUAUAUUUGGCAUGGUCGGGAACGAAAUGUAUUGAAGGGUCACAAACAAAGUGAGCGUUUACAAAAGUGGAAACCUCGUAAUAAGGAGGCUUGGAUAUAUGCUUAUUUUCCGACAUUUCGGCCCCAAAAGAACAAGGAAUGGGAUUUAAGAUUACCGCAUGCACAACAAUGGAUCCCUCCACAUGUUCAUAAUGUUGGUCUUGAUUCUUUGGUGUCUUAUAGACGCAUACUAGAUAAUAUGAAAGUUGAUGAGGUAGUGUGGACUCCAUUUGAUAGAAAUCCUCAUCGGACGUUUCCGAUCACAUUGUAUUCUGGUGUAAUUCAUUAUAGGGAUAUUACAGAGCCAUAUAUGCCUGAUCGUGUAUUGAGACAAUUUGGAUAUGUGCAAAUUAUACCCCUACGUUUAUUGCAUCCCAAAACUAGUUAUAGAGGACAAGAGAACAACAAAUAUAAAUGCAAACACGAUGAGAACCUUCGUGCAUGGGAUUUUUGGAUGAAUCAUUGUUUUAGAGUAGGUGAAGCAGGUUCUUACAGAGCAAAUUUUUCUACUGAAAUGGUAGAAGGAUAUCUUGACUAUUACCAAGCUCGCACUCAUAUUCGAAUUCAUAGAGAUGUCGCAUUAACAUCAAUGCCAAUAGAACCAUGUGAUAUGUCUGAAGUUGCACGCCUGCAAUACUUAGGUGCAAGAGCUUACCCACUCCACCCAGACAUUCGACACCGAACUGAUGAUGUGACAUUUUGGCAAUGCCUUGAUGAUUUAACCCGUCAUUUAGAAGAUUGGAUGCCAAGACUACAAGAUGAUCAUCGAAGAAGAGGUGGAGGUGGUAAUUCAAGGAGGGGUAGUCGUAGGGGAUAACAUUUGUUUUAUAGGCAUAUUUUUUUUUUCUAUAUGCAAAGUAACACUUGCAAUAAUCAUAUUAUUUCACAUAUGUAUUUUAAAUUAGAUGCAAAGUUUAAUAUCUAAAAUUGACACUUGUUAUAAUCA